AUGGUGGUAGACGAGGUGUCAAUGAUGGACCGCCACGCAUUAGAGGCAGCAGAUUGCACAUUCCAGUGGCUGCGAGCUUCUCAGAAACCAUUUGGUGGCAUUACAAUGGUUUUCAGCGGUGACUGGAGGCAGAUACUUACCGUCGUGCCACAUGGCAAUCGCACUGAGAUAGUAGGAAGAUGCUUAAAGAGCUCAUACCUGUGGAGAAACGUCAAGAUUCUGCGUCUUACUCACAACAUGAGAAUCAGGCAGGCUGCUGGACAGCAACAAGACGAAGCCCAUUUUGCCGAUUACCUGCUGAACCUUGGCGAGGGCAAAAUCUCUGUGGUUCCAGAGGAAGGUGAAUUUGCUAUUGAACUCAACAAAUCGCUCACUCUUCCCAGUGACACACUCAAGGACAUUGUCAAUUGGGUGUAUGAGGACAUCCACACGAACUUUGCCAACCCCACGUGGCUAUGUGAGCGUGUCAUACUGUGCCCAACCAACUCCGAGGUUGACAAGGUCAACGAGCACAUGACAAAUAUCUUUCCAGGAGAGGAGUCUGUUUGCAGCAGUGUUGACACAGCAGAGUCUGACAGUCACCAUAUGUACCCGACUGAAUUUUUAAAUACCCUCUGCCCGUCUGGUAUGCCUCCCCAUCGUAUCACUCUAAAGGUGGGAAUGGUGAUCAUGCUACUUCGAAACUUCGACCAGCACAAAGGACACUGCAAUGGGUCAAGGUAUCUCAUCAAUCAAAUCCUGCCCCAUCUCUUGGUUGCACAAUCUGUGGUUGGUAUAAACGCUGGACGCACACUCCUCAUUCCACGCAUCACCCUCUCACCAUCUGAGAUCUUCCCUUUCACUCUACGUUGUCGACAGUUUCCAGUGAGACCCUGCUUUGCCAUGACCGUCAACAAAUCUCAGGGGCAGUUGCUACACCGUGUUCGGGUCUUCUGCAUGCGAGACUUCUUCAGCCACGGUCAGUUCUACGUGGCGGCCAGCUGGGUUGGCACUUCAAGCAUUCUUGCUUUAGAUGAAGAGACAAAGAAGAAGCGCCGUUUUCUCAGCAAUGUUGUUUAUCAAGAAGUCUUGACAACAUAAAGAUAGAAAGGCGCUCUGGUACCUCAGCUCAUGUUAAUACAUGUAGUUGUUACAGUUAUGUUCCCAUAUAAUUAUUGUACCACUGUACAUUUUUCAUUGCUG